AUGACCCGACCAAAGCUACAGCUGAAGCUGAAGCACGAAAUGGGCGCGCUAUCCACUCUUCUGUUUCCGUGUCUUCAACGAAAACAGAGACAGAGACAGACGCCCUCGACGGAGAAACCAGACGAGAACGACAACGAGCACGAUCGUCCACCCGUUCCCGCGAAAGAUGCAGCGGUGACGUUGAAUGAGAAGUCGGACUCGACCUCGAGCUCCUCGAACGGGGCUUCUGGUGCUACCGCGCCAACAUACACAUACACAUACACAUAUCGACAGAGCGAGAAGCAGCACCAUCACCCAUCCUCGCCAUCACCACCUGAGCCCAACAACGCAAACGCAAGCAAACUGACGAAACGAUCGUCUAUCCGCAUCGUGAACAGCACCGAGUCCGAUUCAGAAAGCACGCUGGUCUCGUCCAGCGCCGCAUCCACCACCACAGCAGGCGAGACGCUGAGCGGAUCAGGAUCAGGAUCAAGAAGCGUAUCGCGGUCCGGCAGCGAGGAGAAGGACCUCGAGCUCGGCGGAGACCGCUCUGCGUCUUCGAUCAUCGAGGCCGGGCUCGAGGACCUAGAGCGGCAGAUCAGAUCCGAUGCCGAGAGAACCGGGCUCACGCGGAGCCGCUCCCUGCCGGAGAUCAAGUCCCGGGUGAUCGAGGAUAUACCGGAGGAGGAGGAGCUAGGGCUAGGGACUGGGUCUGCGAGGAUUCUACCGCUGGGGGAGAAGCAGCUGCCGUGUUUACCGAGGGAGGCGGACCCGGUGGACGCGGAAAAAGGGACGGGGGAAGAGGAAAAGGAAAAGGAGGAGGAGGAGGAGCUCACGAGCAAGACCAAGUCUCUUCGUGAUAGCUUCCGGCGCAGUGGACGGAAGUCUCUCAUCGAGAUGGUAAAUUUCCUGCAACCGCCGACAAACCGCUUCAGUACGCUCAAGCUACCGAUUCCGCCGAAAUCGCCGCUGCGGAAAUGUGCCUCUGCGAGUUCGAUGCCCUCGUCACCGUCGUCAUCAGACAUGGCACCUACAGCCACACCGUCCGAACAAUCCCCAUCACCAUCCUCAGAAGGUGACCCCAAGGCCGAAGAAGAAGAAAGCAAGUCCCCGACACCGCGAACGAAGAAACACCGACGGAUGGGCGCAGUCGGAAUGGGGAUAGGAAUGGGCAUGGGCAUGGGACUGCCGCUGCGAGUGCGGCGGUCGAUCGACGGACUCAGCAUCAGCAACACAGAUGGGUCAAAAUCUCAGCUGGGCAAAGUCUCAGCUGGGGAAUGUUGA